UUCCCGUUUGCGUGUUUUUCUAGUACCGUGAAGGUGAUUCCCGAUCUGGCUCAGGCUCACAGGAGGCUCUGGAGGGCAUCGAGAUACGCGCACCCACACACGCACGUCAGCCAACGGGACGCUUCGAUGUCUCGGUAGUUUAGAUAAUGCUUAAGCUACCCAAAGGACUGAAGAAGAAAAAGAAAGGCAAAAAGUCCAAGAAAGAUCAGGAACUCUUUACCGAGGAGGAGCUCGAGCAGUACCGCCGGGAGCACCAGAACCAGUCGGCGCUCAACUCGGCGGCACCAUCGGACAGCGAGGACCAGCCGGGCGGUAGCGAAAAACCUGAGAAGCCGGACAAGCCCGAAACCGACGAGGAAUGGUCGAAGUUCGCAGCGCUCACCAGUGGCGUUGACUCGGUGCUCAAGAAGACCCAGGGUGACCUAGACCGCAUCAAGAGUACAUCCUUCUUUCAGAAGGUACCGACGCGUGUUGAGCAGGAGGCCAAGGAGCGUGAAGAGCGUGAACGGCGCGAGCAGGAGGAGCGCGAAAGGGCAGCUGAGGCUGCGAAGGUUGAGGAGGAGCAACGGGCGGCCGAGGAGCUCAUCAACGCAGUCGUAGAGCUUUCGGAAUCCGAGCCCAAUUCGGAAGCGGAAGAGGACAUCUUCGACACUGGCUAUAUCGAUGCGAUAGCAAGUGGAGAGUUACCGAUCGCGUACGUACCAGAGUCACCUGUUCUUGAGUCGUUCGAAGGCGAAGACCCGUUCGACACCUCCUACGCGGAGAAGGUUAUAAAAGGACCGGAGGUAUCGAAGCGUGGCAAGAAGCUCGUGAGUAUCGGCUCAGCUGUCGAGGUUCUCACUGGGCGAGUUGAAAGUGUCGGUACUGGCUCAACUAAGGGCAAUCGACAGCGGCGUGGAAUCCAGAAUUUGCUGCUUGAGAGCUUUGACGAAGGUGAUCAACGCCAGCAAGGUCGGGGUGACGGCGAACCUGCGGUUCCUGAGCAAGACGAGCAAGCAGUUGUCGAAGAGCCGCAAGCCUUCAGCUUGCUAGAUGACUCCGCCGAUCUUCCGACAGAUGUUCCGAUCGAUCUCAGCGUAUCACUCCAUCUGAGUCUCCAGAAACAGCAUCAGGAAGAAGAAGAUAACCGUAAGGCACAAGCUCCGGCUGGCGAGGCAGAGUCUGCGGUCGUCCAGGAGCUAGAUCUAGACGAGUUUGACGAUCUCAAGAAUCGCACUCCAGCCCUUGCAGGGGACGACUUUGAGCUUCUGACUGGAGAAGCAGAAGGUUCCCGAGCAAAGUCUCCUUCAGCAGGUGGUUUACUAGUGGUUAAUUUAGACGAGUUCGAAGACGCACCAGUAGACGACCCAUUCGACACCGGUUUUGUUGAACGUAUUCUCCCCGCCACCGCGGUCGAGGACGACGAGUUUGAUCCUCGAGCCGGUGACGCUUCCGACGACGACUUUGACUUUGAUCCACGAGCUGCUGAGCGUGUUGAGCGGGCAAUCACACCUGACUUGUUCUCCGCAGACCAGCCGGGGUCAUUGCAGGUAACUUCUGGUACUGGCACGCUUACGAAAGACCUGCUAUCUGGUAGCAGCUCGGAUCUAGCAGGCAUCGCACACGCACCCCUUGAGUGUACUGCAGGUGUAUCCGAGUUGGUAACGUCCGGUGAUCCGUUCGACACCUCGGACGUCGAGUUCAUCGUUGCACCGGGGAAGACCGAGCUAAAGUUCCUAGAGGAGGAACUUCUCACCGACCAGGCGGGUCUAAGCCACUCGCUCAGUGAUCCCGACUUCGAUCCACGAGCUGACGGUGACGAUCAGGCAACGUCACACGAAGAUCAGCGCACUGAGGAGGACUUCCAGUCGUUAGCACAACGCAAAUCUUCGCUAAGCUUGCACAUCGCUAACGGAGGCGCUCUUGGUGGAAACGCGAACCGAAGCAAGUCGGUGGUGUUUGCCGUACCAACACCGGACUUGCUGAAACUCGACGGAGAGCAGUCGCUGACGAAGAAGCCGUUAACGCCGUACUAUAACCGUGAGCCAUCCCUGCCGGACGUUGAAGCUGAUCCGUUCGACACCUCAUUUGUACCGUCUGUGGCACCGACACAACUUGAGCUGAACCUGCUCGAGCAGGAGCUCAACAACGCAUCGCUGCACCACAGCCUCUCGGAUCCUGAGUUCGACCCACGAGCCAGUUCACCGGCGUUAGAAGUUCACUCGGUCCGGUCGGAUUUGCUAGGCGUGAGCGGAGAAGAGGAACACCUGCAAAAGGUCUUGACACCGGCACGUGGUGGUGAGCCAAUCGAGGCUGACCCCUUUGAUACGUCCAUCGCGGUUAAUUUGCAACCAGGACGAGCCGAGCUGAAGUUGCUCGAGGACGAGCUCAUUCCGCCACCUGUACGAGACGCUAACGCUGUGUCAGAUAUUCUAUCGGACGUUGCGCAGGAGCCAAGCUCGGUGUUCGUAAAGGUGUUAACGCCUCAAGCUAGCUGCGGAUCGCUUGAUAUCGGUGCCGGAGUUGGUGGAGAGCCCGAAGAGAUCGAUCCGUUCGAUACAUCGUUCGUACCCAGUCUGGGCCCAGGCCGAACCGAGAUUAAGUUGCUCGAAAGCGAGCUCAUAGACCAGUAG